AUGCCCCGAUGGGGAAGACCACCGGGGGCACGACCGGGGAGAUACAGGGGAGGGCGCGCGCAGUGGGAGGAGGAGGCACGAGUGGAAGAGGUCGAGAGUGAGGAAGACGACGACGACGUGUUUGGACGGGAGUUGGUACGGAAUGGCCGCGGAGGCUACAUGCGGCAAUUGGAGUAUGGGGGCCGGGGCCCGCGCCGGCGGCCCGUGGAAUAUCAGGAUUGGACCGACGAGACGGAAUCGGUGGAGGGCGGAGACUUCGAUCUGUACGACCACGACGAUCGAACAGUGGCCUAUGCGGUGCAACUCGCGAUGCGGGACAAGGAGGAUCAGUUGGUGGAAAAGGCGUUGGAGCGCAUCCGUCGCGCGCAGAUGCUAGGAAAGAAGAACGUGCGGCUCUCGCAGCGCGAACUUGAUGCCCUAGAACGGAAGCGUCAACAAACAGACAACCCCAGUGGGAACAAGCGCAGUCAACCGGCCGGAAACACAGCCAACUCGCGUCCCACCUCGUCACGACGAAGUGGAGCGCCCGAGCCUCAACCUGGGCCCUAUCCAUCCUUCGCGGCUGAGGCCGGUUGGGGGGCUCCCCACGGACGACCGACAAGCUCCUCGUCGGCACGUCCGCGUACCCCGACAAUGCAGUCACUCCGGCCGCAACAGUCGAAUUCCCCGCUCCGCCCAGCCUAUCCACCAUUUUCCGACCGUCCCUCUUCUAAUGGUCGCCCGCAGUCCAUGCAGCAGCCGAUAUACAGCCGGCCCUUACCGGAUGAUCCUCAUUGGGCACCUCCGUAUUACAAUCCGAUGCAGAUGAGUCCCUACGGGACCGAGCAGCCUCCGUAUCAGCCGGGACUCCCCACGGAUCUUCGGGUUGGGCCCCAGAGUCGGAUGAGCUACCCCUUGGAGAUGUCCCCGAUUCAAGCUCAGCAUCGCAUGUCGCUAGAUGGACGGACCUCGAUGGCUGCCUCGAAGCCGCGCGGGGCUCGACCAGGUACCGAGAUCGAAUCGGAGGAGCUUUCCAGUGAGGGAGAGGAGGAAACCGAAAGCAGUGAGGACGAAAUUCAGAUCGUGCAAGCCAAAGAGCGCCAGGGUCCACCGGGUCUCCAGAGACGAGCUGUUUCUGGAGGCAGUCGCGGUGGCCGCUCGCGAAAAAGUCGAUGA